UAGUUCAAAAUAAGAUUAGAUCUAGUAUCCAGUCAGAACCUCACCUUUGCAUGCCUUGCAAGUUCAGUCAGGAGGAAUGCAACUAUGUUCUGCAGUAGCAGUUCCUAGCCACGGAAUUGAAAUAAGCAAACACACAUCACAUUUCUAAGUAUGUAUACCACUGACAUUUUAGCCAUCAAAUUAUUAUAUUUAAACCACACGAAGUUCUGGUCUGUAGUGACUCAGUGUCUGCUCUGUCUAGUCCUAAAUCAUGUACAUCUAGUAAUCGUCAGGACUUAGUGUUUGAAAUAAUGACAUACUGGACUAUGGGGAAAGUGGAAUUUCUUGGGUCAGCUUCCCAACGGGACUAAUGGGAAAAUCUGACAACUCGGCUACUGUAGGAGUUAAUCAACACCAGCAGAUGGCAGUAAUGCAGCACUGAAGACGUCAGUUGCUCUUAAACCUCGAAGAAGAAGAAGCAGUCGAUUUGGCGGUUAUUGCAAAACGUAAACAAACGAAGCUAAAAAUGGAGGCCAGCGAAGUAGCAAGUCAAAAAGAGACUGUAGAGAACGCUGAAAAUGAGACAAAUGAGGCCGCAGGAGAAACUUCCUCAAAGAUGCCAAACCCUGCAUCCGUGUGUAAGCCGUCCGAGGACACAGGAGCUCGGUAUAACAGGCUCAAGUUGCUCGACAAGGUGAUGCAGAAGAGCCUGGAAAAGUUCAUCGACUACGCCAGUUUUAACAGAUUCGCAAGCACGUUUCGUCCGCUGUACAAGAAGAACCCUCAGAGGAUGGAGAGCAUUCACAAGCAGUUCAUAGAGGAGCUGCGGAGGACAAUACAGGAGGACAUCAGCAGACUCAUUGAAGAAGGCCGGUUAGAGGUCAAACUGAAUGAGCUAGACAAACUGGAGCGUGCUGCCAAGAACAAUCCAGACCCUGCAUGGCGGCCCAGUGGGGUUCCUGAGCAGGACUUUUGCAGUUUUUUGAUGCCCUACUAUCAAAAGCAGGAGGCUUACAUGCGACUGGAGCUGAAAAAGAUCCAAGCGGAGAAUGCUGCACUUGCACAGAAGGUUCAGGCUGGCAGAGAGAGUGUUGCUCAGACUGAAAACCGCAUUUCGGCAGCUGUUGAAGAGUGGAAGGCAUCGGUCACAGAAUUUGAAAGGCUUGCGUCUUCUCUCCGCCCUGCUGAUGUCUUUGAAGUGUGAUCUUCAAUUUGUUCCACGAAUAAACUAAUUUAACUGUACAUAUUGAUUUUUGUUUACUAUGCAUGUUUGUCUGAAAUUAAACUUGAACUAUUGAAAAUGAAA